AUGGAUGAAGUCAAACCAGAUCGCCAGCUGAAAGGCAAGACCAACUUCAUCAGUUGGAAACGCGAGUUUGAGCGAGCAGCCAGAGCAAAUGAUGUGCUUGAGUUUCUCACGGGCGAAGAAGUCGUCCCUCCCAAGCCCAACAAAGACGAAUACUUUGUGAAGGUUCUUGACACCGAAACUCGUCGGUCCACUCGGAUCAAGAAAAGUUUAAGCCCGACGACCGAUGACGAAAACGAGACGGAUGAUAGCCAGGCAGUUGUCUUGACGACCAAUAACACACUCCGAUGGCAGAUCGACCACAACGAACACAAGAAUGCGAAAGAAAAGAUGAAGCUUGCAAGCAGAUUGCUUGACGCUUGGAUUUCCGACGGCAUUAAAAUCGAGAUCGAGGAUUUUGCAGACGCCAAAGAAGCUUACGAAUUUAUCAAAAAGCGAUACGCUGUCACAAAUGAACGUGCGCGUGAUAUCCUGUUGAAUCGCUUACAUGAUCUCAAGCUGGAUCACUGUGAAUCUGUGACCGACUACACCAACCGAGUCCGUCAGAUCAAGGCUGAUCUCAAGACAGUCAAAUAUGAUAUGACUGACGACAUGUUCGCAACCGCUCUUCUUCACGGCCUUCCUCCUAACUAUCGCAGCUUCAAAGAGAAGAUCCCCACCCCAGAUGUUGCAAUUACGGACAACAAUCCCUCGGAAGACGGGUCAGAACCUUCAAGUGAUUCAAACAGUGACCAUGACGACGGUGGCUCCCGCCAUGAUCAACACACUGUAAUCUCCUCGGAUGAGGAAAUUGCUGACCAAGAGCACCAAUUUUCUGAAGCGACACACGGGUCACAAGAUGAGGUCGAAGACGCCGAUGAUGAAGAGGAGACCGAUGACAGAGACUUGGGUCCUACAAUUGUGUCCAAGUAUUUCAAUCAAACCAAGCACGCCGGCAUGGCUAAACGCAAGGUUCCGGAUGAACCUAUAGUAGCGCCAAGGAAAAGCCGUCGAGCUACUCACGGACUACGUGACAUCGAACUAGACCAUUCAGACUCAGAUUUAUCGGACUCGAACGACGAUUCCUGGUACUACUCGGAAGACGAAAAGAUCUCACAGGCUUACUGGCAGUUUGUCGCAAAACAUGGCGGAAAGAAAACCAAGGCUGCAGACCACAGUCAAAGGAAACGAAACGCCUGA